AUGGCGCAGAUCCUUCCAGUGCGCCUCCAGGAGCACUUACAGCUUUCAAGCCUGGGAAUUAGUCCAGCAAACAUUGGAUUCAACACCCUGACAAUGGAAUCUGACAAAUUCAUAUGCAUCCGAGAAGAAGUGGGUGAGCAGACUCAAGUAGUGAUUAUUGACUUGAGUGACCCAACCUCCCUGACCAGAAGGCCCAUUUCUGCAGAAAGUGCCAUCAUGAACCCAGUCUCCAAGGUGAUAGCUCUGAAAGCUGGGAAGAUGCUUCAGAUUUUUAAUAUUGAGAUGAAGAGUAAAAUGAAGGCUCAUACUAUGGUGGAAGAAGUGACUUUCUGGAAAUGGGUCUCUUCAGACACUGUUGCUCUGGUGACUGAGACCGCAGUCUACCACUGGAACAUGGCUGGUGACUCCCAACCUGUGAAAAUGUUUGACCGGCAUGCCAGUCUGGCAGGGUGCCAGUUGAUCCACUAUCGGACAGACAAGGACCAGAAGUGGCUGCUCCUCGUUGGCAUCUCAGCUCAGCAAAAUCAUGUGGUUGGGGCAAUGCAGCUCUACUCGGUUGACAGAAAGGUUUCACAGCCCAUAGAGGGCCAUGCUGCAGCCUUUGCGGAGUUUAUGAUUGAAGGAAAUGCCAAACCUUCCACUCUUUUCUGCUUUGCUGUACACACCCAUACAGAAAGCAAGUUGCACAUCACUGAAGUGGGACAGCCUGCAUCAGGGAACCGACCUUUUGUCAAGAAAGCUGUGGAUGUGUUUUUCCCUCCCAAAGCACUGACUGAUUUCCCAGUGGCGAUGCAGGUUGGAGCUAAGCAUGGUAUUAUAUACUUGAUCACCAAGUUUGGCUACCUUCAUGUCUAUGACAUAGAAUCUGGUGUGUUCAUCUACACGAACCGUAUUAGUGCUGACACAAUCUUUGUAACUGCUCCUCAUGAACUUACCUCUGGAAUCAUUAGUGUCAACAAAACAGGAGAGGUGCUGUCAGUCUGCAUUGAUGAAGAUAAUAUUAUGAAUUACAUAAUCAAUGUUCUUCAGAACCCAGAUCUUGGGCUGCGUUUGGCCACUCGUGGUAACCUGGCUGGGGCUGAGGAGCUGUUUGCCAGAAAAUUCAGUACCCUUUUUGAGCAGGGAAGCUAUGCUGAAGCUGCCAAAGUGGCAGUACUGGCACCAAAGGGAAUCCUGCGUACCAGUGACACAUUGCUCAAGUUCCAGAGUAUUCCUGCUCAGCCUGGUCAAGCUUCUCCUUUGCUCCAGUACUUUGGAAUCCUGCUUGAUCAUGGUCAACUUAACAAAUUCGAAUCCCUAGAACUCUGCCGCCUAGUUCUACAGCAGGGACGCAACCAACUCUUAGAGAAGUGGCUGAAAGAAGAGAAGCUGGAGUGUUCAGAAGAGCUUGGAGAUUUAGUCAAAACUGCUGACUCUACACUUGCGUUGAGUGUGUACCUUCGGGCAAAUGUUCCAAGCAAAGUUAACCAGUGCUUUGCAGAAACAGGGCAAUUCCAGAAAAUUGUACUCUAUGCCAAAAAGGUUGGGAGUACCCCUGACUGGAUCUUUUUGCUGAGGAGAGUAAUGAGGAUUGAUCCAGACCGAGGCCUGCAGUUUUCUCAAAUGCUAGUGCAGGGCGAGGAGCCACUGGCCGACAUUAACCAGAUUGUAGAUGUUUUCAUGGAAAACAGUCUAAUUCCACAAUGUACUUCAUUCUUGUUGGAUGCCUUGAGGAAUAAUCACCCAGGUGAAGGUCACCUCCAGACUCGACUGUUGGAAAUGAACCUGCUUCAUGCCCCCCAGGUUGCAGAUGUCAUGCUUGGAAGUCAGAUGUUCACACAUUAUGACCGGGCCCAUAUUGCCCAGCUCUGUGAGAAGGCAGGUCUCCUGCAGAGAGCACUGGAGCACUACACUGAUGUCUGUGACAUCAAGAGGAUUGUGAUCCACACUCACCACCUCAGUCCUGAGUGGCUUGUGGAUUUCUUCAGCUCCUUGUCCGUGGAGGCUUCUUUGGAGUGUCUUCAUGCUAUGCUGUCUGCAAAUGCCAGGCAGAACCUCCAGCUAUGUGUGCAGGUGGCAUCCAACUGCCAUGAGCAGUUGGGCACACAAUCCUUGGUGGAGCUCUUUGAAUCCUUCAGGAGUUAUGAAGGUCUUUUCCACUUCCUGGGCUCCAUUGUGAACUUCAGCCAAGAUGCAAACGUGCACUUCAAGUACAUCCAAGCUGCCUGCAAGACAGGUCAGAUCAAGGAAGUAGAAAGGAUUUGCCGGGAGAGUAACAGCUACCACCCUGAGCAUGUGAAGAACUUCCUGAAGGAGGCCAAGCUCACAGACCAGCUGCCCCUUAUCAUCGUGUGUGAUCGCUUUAACUUUGUUCAGGACCUUGUCCUUUACCUGUACCGGAAUAGCCUGCAGAAGUACAUCGACGUCUAUGUUCAGAAGGUCAACCCUAGUCGAAUGCCAGCUGUGGUUGGAGCGCUGUUGGAUGUGGAUUGUUCUGAGGAAACAAUUAAAAACCUAAUUACACUGGCUAGAGGACAGUUUUCCACUGAGGAGCUAGUGGCUGAAGUUGAAAAAAGAAACAGGCUAAAAUUGUUACUACCGUGGUUGGAGUCCCAGAUCCAGGAUGGCUGUGAGGAGCCUGCCAUUUACAAUGUUCUGGCCAAAAUAUACAUCGACAACAACAACAGCCCAGAGCGCUUCUUGAGAGAGAACACCUUCUACGACAGCAGUGUGGUGGGUCGGUACUGUGAGAAGCGGGACCCAUAUCUGGCCUGCAUUGCUUAUGAGAGGGGACACUGCGACAGUGAGUUCAUCCAGGUUUGCAAUGAGAACUCUCUGUUCAAAAGUGAAGCUCGCUACCUGGUGCGCAGGAAGGAUCCAGAGCUCUGGGCUCAUGUCCUUGGAGAAACGAACCUAUGCAGGAAGCAGCUCAUUGACCACGUGGUACAAACAGCCUUGCCAGAAACACAGGAUCCCGAAGAAAUCUCAGUCACUGUCAGGGCCUUUAUGACAGCUGGGCUGCCUAAUGAACUGCUGGAGCUGCUGGAGAAGAUCAUCCUGCAUAACUCUGUCUUCAGUGAGCACAGAAAUCUCCAGAACCUGCUGAUCCUGACUGCCAUCAAGGCAGACCACACUCGGAUCAUGGACUACAUCAACCACCUGGACAACUAUGAUGCCUCAGACAUCGCGAGCAUUGCCGUAAGCAGUGGCCUGUACGAGGAGGCCUUCACUAUUUUCCGCAAGUUUGACAUGAACACCUCAGCCAUCCAGGUCCUCAUCAAGCACAUUGGAAACCUAGACAGAGCAUAUGAGUUUGCGGUGAACUGUAAUGAGCCUUCGGUGUGGAGUCAGCUGGCCGAAGCCCAGCUCCAGAGAGACUUGGUGAAGGAAGCUAUCAACUCCUUUAUCAGAGCUGACGACCCUUCCUCUUACCCGGACAUUGUUCAGGCAGCAAGCAGGAGCAAUAAUUGGGCAGAACUAGUUAAAUUCCUGCAGUUUGCCAAGAAAACGAGCCGAGAUGCCUCUGUAGAGACUGAACUUAUAUUUGCCCUGGCUAAAACUGGCUGUCUGUCUGAGCUGGAAGGUUGCAUCAAUGAGUCCAGCAAUGCUGACCUCCAGCAGGUUGGAGACCGCUGUUACCAGGAGGGGUUGUAUUAUGCUGCCAAGCUGCUGUACAGCAGUAUUUGUAACUUUGCCUGCCUGGCUUCCACCUUAGUCCACCUCGGGGAGUACCAGGCAGCAGUGGACAGCAGCUGCAGGGCCAACAACAUACACACAUGGAAGGAGGUGUGCUUUGCCUGUGUGGAUGGGAAGCAGUUCCGCCUUGCACAGCUGUGUAGUCUCCACAUAGUCACUCAUGCCAAUGAGCUGGAGGACCUGAUCCACUAUUACCAGGACCGGGGCUACUUUGAGAAUCUGAUCGACCUGCUAGAGGCAGCCCUGGGCCUGGAACAGGCUCACAUGGGCAUGUUCACAGAGCUGGCCAUCCUCUACUGCAAGUUCAAGCCUCAGAAGAUGCGCGAGCACCUGGAGCUUUUCUGGUCCCACAUGAACAUCCCCAAGGUGCUGAGAGCCGCUGAGCAGGCGCAUCUCUGGGCUGAGCUGGUAUUCCUCUACACCAAGUAUGAAGAAUAUGACAACGCUGUACUCACCAUGAUAAAUCACCCCACGGAGGCCUGGGAGGAACACCAGUUCAAGGACAUCAGUGCCAAGGUUGCCAGUGUCGAGCUCUGCUACAAAGCCCUGCAGUUCUAUCUGGAUUACAAACCUCUACUCAUCAAUGACCUCCUGCUGGCACUGGAUCCCCGCCUGGACCAUACCCGGACUGUCAGCUUCUUCUCAAAUGCAGGCCAGCUGGCCUUGGUGAAGCCCUACCUGAGAGCAGUCCAGAGCCACAACAACAAGAGUGUGAAUGAGGCACUCAAUCAGCUUAUGACUGAGGACGAGGAUUACCAGGGUUUAAGGAUGUCUGUGGAUGCCUACAACAACUUUGACCACGUGGGCCUUGCCCAGAAGUUAGAAAAGCACCAGCUGGUGGAGUUCCGGCGCAUUGCUGCUCAUCUGUACAAGGGCACUAAGCGGUGGGCUCAGAGCAUUGAGCUCUGUAAGAAGGAUCAGCUCUAUAAGGAUGCCAUGCAGCAUGCUGCAGAGUCCCAGGAUCCCCAGCUGGCUGAGCAUCUGCUGCAGUGGUUCGUGGACGAGGGCCAGCGGGAGUGCUUUGUGGCUACACUCUUCACCUGCUACGAUCUGCUGCGCCCAGAUGUGGCGCUGGAGCUGGCCUGGAGGCACGGCCUGGCAGACUGCACCAUGCCCUACUUCAUCCAGCUGAUGCAUGAGUACCUCGGCAAAGUAGAUUCACUGGAGACCUCAGAGAGUCUGCAGCAGCAGGAACAGCAUGUGGCAUCCACCCCUCUCACGUUGGGCGCCCAGACGCGCCAUUGGCUGCGCAGCCGUGCCACCGGCCGCAAGCGCCCGCGCGCCCCGCCCCGGCCUCAGUUUCCCGCCCGGCACGGGGGCGGGGCAGGGGCGGGGCCCGGCUCGGACCACGCGGGGCGGAGCCCCCAAAGCUGA